AGCACACACAAUAAGAAACAAAUAAAAAUAAUAAUAUUCUCUCUCUGAUCUUUUUCACAUUUCAACCGUUAAUACUGCGUGUUCGUGAGGUUUUGGAGAAGAAAUUUGCUGAAAUUAGGUGAGUUUUUGAUCGAUUUGUUGAGUUUUAGCUGUAGAUUUUGAAACAGUGAUGGAUGAUGAUAAGAUGACGGAGAAAACGGUUGUUGAAGGAUUUGUUCCGGUGUCUUCUGCUCCGGUGUUCUGGAAGUCGAGGAAGAGAUCAGCUAGUGCAAAGAAUUUGCACAAGGACAUAACAAACGACGUGAAUCAAACACCUGAAAAGAAAGAAGAUGAAGUGAACGAUGAAAAAAUGGAAGAAUCAACUCCGCCAACGGUUUUAUCUGAGAAACGUAAGGCUCUCUUUGAACCUCUGGAACCAAUAAUGGAUUUGAAUGGUAGAAGGCCUACAGCUGAAUCUUUACUCCCCCCACCCGACUUUGACUCCGCUAGUUACCCUCGUGGAUGGCUAAUUGGGAAGAAGAGGAAGCUUGUAAACGUUGAUGUCGUUGAAAGCAUGCGCAGAAUUGCAGUACAAGAAAUGAACCGAAAGGACAGAGAAAUUAACGGGCUUAAUGAGCAGUUGGAAGAGGAUUCGCGUGUCCUUGAACACCUGCAGCUUCAGCUGCUGGACGAACGAAGCAAACGUGCAGAAGUUGAGCGACAAAAUACGUUGCUUCAAAACCAAGUUGAUAUGCUCAUGAAUAUGCUUCAGGAUCCUGAACCUAUCGAUGAUGAUGAAGAUGAUAACGGGUCACAAGAACCGUAAGUCUUUUUAUUUUCUUUUUACAAAAAAAAAGAAGUGUAUCAUUUUGUAAAGUUAGUGUUAUGCGGAUGGUGCAUCUUGUCUUGUGUUUUUUAUGUAAUAUGUUUAUACAAUUAGUAUAAAACUAUAAAUAAUACCUAUAUUAUAAUACUAUUUUUUUCAUUUGUUA